AUGGCAGACUGGACGAUUCCAAUGAGCUAUAACUACAGCCCGUCGUACCACGCUUACGCAUAUGGUUUAAUGUACCCUCAAGGACCUGAUCAAACUCACCCUAAUAUGACCUGGACAGAGGCCUACGGCUCUACUUCAGGCGUAACCGGGAGAUACUACUCCUCUCAGACUCAAUCGUCCCAAACUCCACCAGGGAGUCCCGAGUACAACACGACCACAUGCGGCCAUUUUCAGAACUCUGUCAUGUAUUAUGCAGACUCCCAGACGCACACCCAGAACGGGCGACUUUUUUUUUCUCACAACCGGGUCCAACAUGAGCAGCGGAACAAGGAGCAGGACCGGACAGGGAGUGACUCACCAAGUGAUUCGGAAACCCACACACCAGAUUCCUGGAGCUCAGGCAUAAGUCGAGAGAGCAAUGCUGCCCAAGUCGACCAUGACAUUCCAGACUGGGUCAAGAAAGACCAGGUCUAUGAGACCGACGGCAGAAGUCCCGGUGGUAGAGAACCCGUCACUAGUUCGCAUGUAGUGCCCUCACAGAAUCCAAGCGGUAUAAAAGUGGAGGGAGAAUGUGGGCCGCAGUCGUCACCCACGGCUGUUCCAUCUUCCCCUGGACGAGUGAUGGCACCACAGCCACGCAAGGCGAAAGCACGCACUUCGUUUUCUGAAGGCCAGAUGAGUGCGCUAAACGACCGCUUUAACGUGCAGAGAUACCUAACACCCGCUGAGAUGAAAACUCUAGCAGGACUUACCGGGCUCACCUACAAGCAGGUAAAAACAUGGUUUCAAAAUCGCAGAAUGAAACUUAAGAGGCACCAGAAAGAUAACAGUUGGGUGUCUGAGAGGUACAUCUCAACUGGGAUCCCAAAUCCACCGACCCAGCAUUCUCAGUUCCAGGGAGAUGCUCUCUUACUGAACCAAGACUUUUACCCCCAGUUUAGAGAUGCAGUCUUCAAGAAAAGUCCCCCACAGACACCCUCUUUCUACCCUAACUACACUCGGCCCCUUACUCCUGUACAUGGCUCCCCUAGACAAGGAAACUGGCCUCUGCCCCCAGCUGUGAUGCCCUAUGAUUUCCCUAAUCCCCCUAACUUUUUGCCUGCAAGUGUGAAUGCUGCCAGCAGUAAUGGUGUUGGUGCUAGUGAAAGUGACAACAGCCCUACACAAAUGACCACUGUACACAACACUUCCCAGUGGUCCUCAUGA